AUGGCCUACAUAGCACCCAUCCACCGGCCAAGCAGCGUUCGACAUGCGCUCAAGCUCAACUUCCUCGCCCCGGAGGAGGACUGCCUCGUGGUCGCCAAGUCCAACAGACUCGAGUUCUAUACGCAGACGUCGGAUGGAUUGGCCCUCCAGCACUCCAAAGCCAUCUAUGGCAAGGUCACUAUGCUUCAGAAGCUCCGCCCAGCGCUAUCGCCGACCGACCAUCUCUUUGUCGGCACCGAUCGAUACAUGUACUUUACCCUCUCAUGGAACGCCGACAAGAAACAACUACACACGGAAAAGUCGUUUGCAAGUGUGGCCGACAAUGCUGCGAGAGAGUCGCAAACAGGAGAGAGAUGUCACAUAGAUCCAACCGGGCGAUUCAUGACAGUCGAGGUUUACGAAGGCAUCGUCACCGUCAUACCGCUAGUCCAAAGGGGCAAGAAGAGGAAGCAAGAGGCAGACAUUGCCCAUCUGGGGGAUCCCCAACCCAUCAGAUUACCCGAGAUGUUCGUCCGCUCGUCUGCAUUCUUGCGCCCACGCUCAUUCGAGGACAAACCGAAGAUGGCUCUGCUGUACGAAGACACGCACUCUCAAGUAAAGCUGAAGUUGAGAGAAUUGGCGUUUGCCAACGAGGAAGUGGAACUACAAGAAGGGGAUACGUGCAAAAGCGAACUGGAACUUGGUUCGAGCCACCUGAUACCUGUCGAGGAGCCUUCGCAUGGUCUCAUAGUGGUCGGGGAGACGUCUAUCGGGUACUAUGAUGACGAGAGUGGAGAGCUGCAGACUGAACCACUGGACGAGGCGACAAUCUUCGUAGCUUGGGAACGCAUUGACGCCCAGAGAUUCGUGCUUGCCGACGACUACGGUCGUUUAUACAUGUUCAUGUUGGUCUUGAACAGCCAAGGCGGAGUUCAGUCAUGGAAGCUCGACGUAAUUGGGCAGACGUCUCGAGCAUCUACAUUGGUAUAUUUGGAUGCCGGUUACGUCUUCGUGGGAUCGCACCAGGGCGAUUCGCAGGUCAUCAAGAUUGCAGAGAAGUCCAUGGAAGUUGUCCAGACAUUCUCCAACAUCGCGCCUAUACUUGACUUUACAAUCAUGGAUAUGGGCAACAGAUCCGGUGAAGGACAAACAAACGAGUACUCUUCUGGCCAAGCGCGAAUAGUGACUGGCAGUGGCGCCUAUCAGGAUGGGAGUCUCCGAAGCGUCAGAAGCGGAGUCGGACUGGAAGACUUGGGUGUCUUGGGUGAAAUGGAACACAUCUCCAAUCUCUUCAGCCUGAAGUCGACUGCCUCUGCCCAGUACGCAGAUACAUUACUAGUGAGCUUCGUCAACGAAUCGCGCAUCUUUCGAUUCGAUCCCCAGGGUGAGGUAGAAGAGGUGGAUGAAUUUGCUUCCCUCGCUUUGGAAGAGACAACGUUGGCUGCGGCGAACAUCUCACAAGGCCGCGUCGUCCAGGUUACCAACGGACGGGCUCGAAUCUGCGAUCUGGACGGCGGGAUGGUUACGUCUGAAUGGAUGCCAACGGAUGGGCAGACCAUCACGGCUGCAUCAGUCAACGAUAGCCAUGUCCUGAUCUCCUUAGGGGGCGUUACUAUUGUCUCAUUGAGCCUGACGGACGGUCUACAGGUGAUCAAAGAGAAGAAGUUUGGUGCCGAGAGUCAAGUCGCCUGCGUUGCUCUUCCCUCGGUCUCGGGCUCGAUAUGCUUCAUCGGCUUUUGGAGCAACUCGCAACUCGCCAUAUGCUCUCUCGAUACUUUGGAGGCGGUCAAGACUGUUCAGAUAUCGGAAGAGUCUGUUCCUCGCUCAUUAUUGCUGACACAAAUCUUCCCGGAACAACCGCCAUCUCUCUUCGCUGCACUGGCUGACGGAAACGUCGUCACAUAUGCUUACGAUCCGUCGACACAUGAACUCACUGGAAGGAAAAGCAUCGUGCUAGGUACGCGUGAAGCUAGUUUCCGUGCCUUGCCGCGAGGCGAUGGCCUAUUCAAUGUCUUUGCAACAUGCGAACACCCAUCGUUGAUCUACGCAUCGGAGGGUCGUCUUGUAUACUCUGCUGUUACGGCAGAAAAGGCGACCACUGUCUGUCCUUUCGAUUCAGAAGCAUACCCUGGCUCUGUAGCCAUUGCAACCUCGGAAGAUCUCCGUAUUGCUAUAGUAGACACAGAACGGACGACGCACGUACAGACUCUAAAGGUCGACGAAACGGUACGAAGAAUAUCAUACUCGCCUAGUCUGAAGGCUUUCGGUCUUGGCACCAUCAAAAGAAUAUUGAAACACGGCGAGGAGAUUAUGCUAAGUCACUUCAAGCUCGUUGAUGAGAUUCAAUUCAAGGAGCUCGAUACAUACGCUCUCAACGACGAGGAGCUGGUCGAAUGCGUCAUGCGAUGCGAACUACCGGAUGGCUCAGGCGGCGUUGCAGAGCGCUUCGUCGUCGGCACUGCAUACCUUGACGACCAGAACGCGACUGCAGAACGUGGCCGCAUAAUUAUCCUAGAAGUGACACCUGAACGCGUACUAAAGCUCGUCACUGAGAUCGCCGUCAAGGGUGGCUGUAGAUGUUUGGCCAUUUGCGAAGGCAAGAUUGUCGCAGCACUCAUCAAGACCAUCGUGGUCUAUGACGUUGAGUUCCGAACGCAAAGCUCACCUGAUCUGGUCAAGCUAGCCUCGUUCAGGUGCUCAACUGCACCGAUCGAUGUUACGGUCAAUGGUACCAUGAUCGCCAUAGCAGAUCUCAUGAAGUCGCUCGCCGUUGUAGAGUACACAAAGGGCGAGGCGGGUCUACCAGACAAGCUUGUAGAGGUUGCACGACAUUACCAGACUACGUGGGCGACGUCUGUGGCCGAGAUAGACACGAACACGUUCCUUGAAAGCGACGCAGAAGGGAAUCUGAUGGUCCUGUACCGCGACCCGAAGGGUGUCACAGACGAUGACAAGAGGCGGUUGAACGUUAGCUCUGAGAUGCUACUUGGCGAGAUGGUCAACAGAAUACGUCGGAUUGAUGUCCUGACAACUCCGGACGCUGCAGUCGUACCCAGAGCGUUUGUCGGCACUGUCGAGGGCUCGAUUUACCUCUUUGGUCUCAUCUCUCCCACACAUCAAAACCUCCUCAUGACACUCCAAUCCAAUCUUGGCGCCUUAGUAGAAACACCUGGAGAUAUGAUAUUUGCCAAAUUUCGUGCGUUCAAAAACACCGUCAGGGAGGAGGAGGAACCCAUGCGCUUUGUCGAUGGAGAGCUAGUGGAGAGAUUCCUGGAUGUAAGCGAAGACAUACAGAGAGAGGCAAUUGCAGGUUUGGGUGUAGAGCUCGAGGAGGUCAAGGGAAUGAUUGAGGGUUUGAGGCGACUGCAUUAG